CUUAUAACUAAUUCAAUUCACCUUUGGGCAGUUUUCAUCGUGCCCCCAGACUCCUCUUACUCUCCAUGUAUGGCGAGAACGCAGUCCUCUGCUUCGAUCCGCAGCAACCAGACGCACCAUGUCCCUGACGGUAUCAACUUGGCGGCGCUUCAAGGAGCGACACUCGCAUUCACCAACAAACCUUCCAAAGAAGCUCCAUCGCAAGGUGUUAAGAACAGAAUCCAAACCAUGGGAACCGCCGUCUUUCCAGAUAUUCAACCACCACGCUCGCAUCAUCAUGAUGCUCCGAGCCGAUCAUUAUCCCCUUCCGAUGCCGACUCCAUUCCAGCACCGGAAGCGGGUUCUGUCAAGGACAAGAUCGGGAGGUUCGUGGCGCACUCUCGCGGAUCGAGUCCGUUGAGUCAAAAUAACGAUAAUACACUGGAGGACGUCAAACUCCCGGUCCGAUCACGAACGCCGCAACUCGUCGCCGCCCGAUUGGCAGCGGAACGGUCCCCCGUACGGAACGAGAAGAAACCUGCCGGAGGCAUAAUGCAUGCGCAGAGCAGACAGGAACCGGUCUUGGCUGCGCCAAAGCCAAUUCGAAACCCAGCUGCUUCCAGCCCAGCACUCCAAAACCUAUUACGAGAAGACCGAGAACCGCCCCCGUUGCCUCAAAAGCCGCCGGUCAUUCCGCGAAAGCCGGUCAUGUCUCCGACUUCCUCGUCUUCCAAUAUUGCUCGGAUUGCUGCAACAAGGUCUACCUAUUCUCCAUCCCCUACACCUAGCUCGCAGAAGCUAUUCCAACCGCCGCUCCCCCCAAGAUCGAGCACAUUUCCCACAGCACCGCAGAACAAUGAUGUCAAUGACAAGACAACGAAUGAUUCCCGUACUAGUCUGAGUUCGCGACCCCUUUCGCCCAGGCCUGCUCUACCACCUCGACCUCGACCAAAUGGUUCCCCCGUUUCUCGGGGCCUUCCCCGAAGCCAGGGGAUCAUAAUGCAAGACCUCGAACCCUCCAAACCAAUCCCAACACCCAGCAUGGCAUCGCUAUCGACCGCCUCGCAUAACAACAGCAGCACAAGCACACUGGACAAAUCAAGCGGCAUGGACACAGAAUCACUAUCCGACGCCAUUGUCGCUUCGUCCAUCGCAUCAUCCCACGCACCCCCGUCGAAAAAGAUACCCCCGCCCCCGCCCAAACCCCGAAGAAGAUCCCGUUCUCGCUCCAUCCUAAACAGCCUGGGCCACUUCCGCAGUAACUCCAAUGAUACCAAUCGCUCCCACUCACGACUCCCGAGCCCUCCCAAAGGCAUGCGCCAAACGCUCCGCGAUCCACCCAAACCGGAACCCGCGGAGCAAAACCACCACCACCUACUCAGACAUCCCCACAAACACCACGAAGGCGAUCGCAAACGCUGGCAAAGCGCCGUGGGCGAACAAGAACGCAAGCGCUACGAAGGCGUGUGGGCCGCCAACAAGGGACACCUAAUCCCCAUACCCCCACUUCCGUCCCAAGCAAAAGCCCUCGGUCCCAACGCUGUCGCAUACUACCAAGAGAUCCGAACAAGAUAUCCAACCAACACAUCGGACAUGGUGCUUAACCUGGUCGUGCGCGAUAUCUGGUCGCGCAGCCGUCUGUCUGAAACCGUGCUAUCGCAGAUCUGGAAUCUGGUUGAUAGACAGAAAAACGGGCUUUUGGACAGGGAAGAGUUUGUGGUGGGAAUGUGGUUAAUUGAUCAGUCGCUCAAGGGGCACAAGUUGCCUUUUAGAGUACCGGAUAGUGUUUGGGAUAGUGUUCGGCGGCUUUCGGGAGUUAAGCCGCCUUCCUUGGUAUGAUUUAAUAGAUAUGAGCCUGAUCUAGGGCUGGCGUAUGUAUGAGUUUGGAGUCUUUUGGAUUAGAUUUGACUGGAUUUGCUUGGAUGAUACUGUAUUAAUAUCUGCAUAUACCACCAACAUAUACGACGAACUGCUGUAUCUAGAUAAUGCUUUUUGCUAUAAUACUGUUUUGAAUAAUAAAAAAAUAAAAAAAACAACCGAU